AUGCGAAAGGACAACACCUCUGUCCAGCUUUGCAUUACGAUGACAGCAGCAACCACUUUCAACGCCAGUCCUGCGCCCCGUCAGCCAGGCCUGCGUGCUACCUUCACCCCUCGCAAAGAGGAUAAGGUCUUUCUCGCACGCGGCGAACAUACCUUUACCCUUCCUGGACGCAAAACACGUGCCAAGGUGCAAGUGGAUGUCGAUGCCGGAUCGGACGAAGAUGCCCUCGAUGCAGCGGAGACCAGCAUUGUCAUUUCUCUGGGGCAGGAUGGCGAAGCCCACUUUACCCCGGUGGCUCGCUGGGUCAAGCUUGAUCGUCUUGCCAAGACCAGCUUGCACGGCGUGGUCAAUGAAGAUCGAGCAGCCUAUCAGCAAACUUGGUCUUUCGAGCUGUUGGAUGGGAGUGUAGAGCCGCAGAGAGCCCUUUGGGCUGCCAUCUAUUCCUUCUGGAUUCGCCACAAGAGGUCUGACCGCCUUGCCGUCCUGCUUCAAGGUGCUCGAGCGAUGGAGCAACGCCCACAUGUGAUCCGGGUCGGUCUUGGCUUUGCAUCGCCUACCGAGACUGACCUGAUCCUUCUCGACCGCAACGCUUUCUGGCAAGCAGCCGGGGCGCCUUGCGACCUUCACUGGAUCCAGUCACCCGUUCCUUCCAGUGGCGUAUUUCCCCACGUUUUGGCUUUUACGCAGAGCACUUCUCCUCCCGUCCUUGCAACUCAUCCGCUGCGACCACCCAAGCCAGCCCCAGGCUCAGUAGUAUACUCUCGCUACGUCUUUUCUUGCUCGCAGCAUCUGGAAUUGGUGCAUAUUGAUGCGUCCGACCCACAACAUUUCGAAGCUUACUGCCGAUGGCAGAAUAGCGACCGAGUCAACCACGGCUGGCGGGAGAAGGGUCCUCAAGAAAAACACCUCAGGUACAUCCAGGAAAAGAACGCAGAUCCACACGCCAUGGGUGUCUUGGUGCUAUGGGACGGUGUUCCCGCUGGCUACGGUGAGAUGGUGUGGAGCAAAGAGGAUGGAAUGUCUGCUUUCGUUGGCGGUCUGGGCGACUACGAUCAGGGCACGCAUCUUCUGAUUGGAGAAGAACAGUUCCGUGGCAAGCAUCGAUUCACGGCUUGCAUGGUGUCGCUCAAGCACGCCUGCUUCCUUCGCGAUCCCCGUACCGACGUGGUAGUUGGAGAGCCCAGAUAUGACCUCGACAUUAUUCCUCUGCUCGCCACCUUCUUGCCGCAGGAGUUCCGAAAGGAAGUCGAGCUUCCGCACAAGAGAGCCGUUUUCUUUGUACUGCGCCGUGACCGCUUCCUGGAGGAAGGUCUUCUCGAGUGA